CGUUCCUGACGUCCUGAGCGCGGCUGCGGGAACACAAUGAGGCUCUGAGGAGCGCGGCUGUUCCGGCUGAGGAAACGGCAGCCGGCUUCCUCCGCAGCCCUGCCCUGGCCCCGCAGCUCCGCACAGCCUGGACACCAUGGGCAUGUCUGCGGAGGACGAGCGCGCCGCCAGCCCCAGAGACGAGGAGUGGCCGGAAGCAGAGAAGGCUGAGAAACUGGCGAGAGGAGCCGCUCUGAAAUGGGCUUCAGGGGUGUUUUACCGCCCCGAGAAACUGGAGGGGCUCGGGCAUUACCGGAGACGAGAAACGCAGAGGAACAACUCCAUCCAGUCCCGGCUGAAGUCAACUGUCCAGUCCUACCUGGAGGGGGUAAGUGCAGGGCUGGAGCAGCUGCGGUCGGCGGCCCAGGACGUGCAGAGCGUGUGCCAGGACCUGGGGGCUGCACGGUGGGCCCUGCUCGACAGCGCAGACCACUUCCAGGGCCUCCAGCAGAUGAGGGAGCUGAUGGAGGAGCAUGUGCAGCUGGCCUCGGUGGUCCAGGUGCUGCCCCAGAUCUUCUCGGUCCACGAGGUUUUCUCCCAUAUUCUGCAGCUGCUCCAUGGGCAGCAUCUCUUGGAGGCCCACGUGGAGCUCAUGAUGGUGGAGCAACUCCGGGAUGACAUCCUCUCCCAGCUGCACCUCCGUGGGCUCUCCAGUGCCCAGGCAACGGUGCUGUCCUACUUCAGUGGCCUGCAGGACCUCAACGAGAGCCUGGCCAAGCAGCUGUGGGACAUUGUGGGCAGCAGCCUGCGGCUGGUGCGUGAGGACCCCGUUCUCUUUGUCACUGCUGUAAGGAUCAUCGAGCGGGAGGAGAAAAUAGAUGACACUCUGCUCUUAGAGGCCACCUUCCUGCCCCCUGGCCGCCCAAAGGGCUGGAGGCAGAAGUUCUAUCAGGUCCUCCAGGACACCAUCACAGGAGCCCGUUUCCAUGCUCCCCGCAUGGAUGCUGAGGGGCCAGGGCUGGCCAAGCACCUGGCAGCACUGCAGAUGGACAUCGUGUCUGAGCUGCGUGUGGUGAAGGACCUGAUGGUUCAGUGUGUCCCAGCUCACUACAACAUCCUCAGUGUCUGCACUGCCACCUACCACCAGGCCCUCACCAGCCACAUCCAGGAGAUCCUGCGGGAGGACCUGGACAAACAGGGACUCUUCCUCCUUCUUGAGUGGGCGCUCCGUGUGUACCACAGCCCAGAGAUGAUGGGUCAUCCUGACCUCCUCCCAGAAGUGGAUGUUUCUGCUCUGGAUCCCUUGAUGUCCUCUGAUCUUGUGGAUCAGACAGAGAGGAGAUAUGUGAUGAAAGUCAAGGCUAGCGUGUUCGAGUGGAUGCAGAGGACCCUGGACGUGGAGUUCAAGGAAUGGUUCAAGGAAGAGGAACCUGAGACAGACCAUCAGGGCUUCUUCCAGUCAGCCUUGCCUGCCAUUGUCAUGCAGAUGCUGAAUGAGAACAUCCAGGUGGCUUCCUUGAUCACUGACUCUCUGCAACAGAAGAUCUACAACAUGGCCUUGGAGGAGCUUGAGGCAUUCCUGGGCCGCCUGCGGGAAGCCCUGGUGCAGUGUGGGAAGGAGCACCAGCAGGACCGGGCCGUUCCCAAGUACUACAUCUCCCACCUACUGGCCGUGCUCAACAACAACCUGGCUCUCAGCAAUUCUGUCUCCUCCCUGCACCCUGACACUGCCUGCAGAGAAGUCCCUGCAUCCCUCCAGGCUGCUCUUGACAGGAUGCAGAAAAAAGCCACCCAGCUGCUUCUGGAGGAACUGCUCCUAGACCUGCAGCCCCUCUGCCUGCAGCUGCCUUCCCGCAAGUGGCUCUCCGGGUCCCAGCUGGUCGGCAGCAUGUGUGAAGUGAUUGACAAGUAUGCAAAGGAGUUCUCCCGCGUCAGGAAACCCGUGUUCACGCUCCUGCUGGCAGAGAGUGAGCUCCUGGUGGCGAACCAGUACCUGCGGGCACUCCUGCAGAGGAAGAUGGUGUGCAAGAGCCGGGAGGAGCGGGGCCAGCUGUGCCACCGCCUGCUGCAGGACGCCACGCAGCUCCGGGAGCUCUUCUGUAGCCUGGGCCUGGACCAGAGCCAGCAGAGCCUGGAGGCUGUUUUUGCCUUGAGGGAGCUGAUCUGCCUCAAAGACCCAGCACUACUCAGCCUGGAGGUGCUGGGCUUCAUCACCAAGUACCCCGAUGUCAGCGAUGAGCACAUCUCCACCUUGCUGGAUAUCCGCGGGGACGUCUCCAAGGAAGUGCGGCACGUGGUUCUGGAAAUGAUGGCUCAGCACCCCCAGGUCCUGCCCGAGGGCUACCGGCCCAUCUUCAGCACCAUCCUGGUCCCUGUGCAGGAGCUGCCCUUCUGCCUUCGCAAGGGCAAGUGUGCCUGACCCUGCCUGGCACUGGUGCCCCGCUGGUCCCAGGCAGGGGCCAUGGGGGGCAGCUCUGCGGCUGUGUGUGGUGAAAACGGAGGUGACAUGUGGCAUCCCCUACACACAGCACCUUGUCCUGUGUUUGGGACAGUCUGGAUAAAGGCCAUGCUCCUUUGGUCUUGCCCCCUGAGAAGACUAUCCCCUGCAAGAACCAGUCCUGGGAUACCUGGACUUAGGGAAAUUCAACCUGUAGCUAUUUUGUUGGCCUGCUGGGACAAUGACUGAGGGCUGCUCAGGCUCAGCCCCAUUGCCUGCAGGAGAAAGAAGAGUUGCAGAAUGGACCGGAAUCUGCAGCUGGGGCAAAUUCACAUUUCCACGGGGCUUCAGGGAUGUUUGGUUUUCCCCAGUUCUCCAGACAGUCCCCUGAGCCAGUGUGUCCCAGCCAUGGAGACUGUUACCAUUCCAACUCUGAGGCAGACUGGAGCCUUGCUGGGACCAGGCUGGCAGGAGGGUUUCAGCCAUGGGAAGUUCCUCUGGGCUCAGCCCUGGUUUUGGGUGUUGCUGCUCCACCAGGCUGGGCCCUUCAUGGCCAGUGGGGAGCAGUUGAGCCAGCUCAUCAUGGCUCAUGGAUGCUGAGGAGAAGAGCACAAGGUGGUCUCCACACCCUGGACAGUGCCAUUAGCCCUACCCCUGCUGGCACAAAGGGACAGCUCUGAGUUCCUGUUGACCUGCCAAACUCCUGGCUCUGGCUCAUUUGCCAGCAUCUGAGGCAGGACUGGAGUUGGAGACUCUCAAGCUGCAUGGAGAGCAUGGUUGUGAUUGGUGUGUUGUCCUGCUCCAAGGUUCCUCCAUGAUGGGCAUUACCACCCUGAGUACUGGUUCUCCCUCCAUCCUCUACUGCUGCCCAGCCCUUGGCAUCUCCUCCCAGGUGCCAUAUGAAGAUCAGGAGCAGUCUGUGUCUCUGCCUACACCCUUGUGCCCAGCCCCUGCAGUGCCCUGGGAGACCUCCAUGCUCUGCCAUGCUUCUCACCCUGGGACUGGCCACAUCCCACUGUCCUUGCAUGGGACCACUGCUGGAAAUAAAGGCCUAAG